AUGGCUUCACUAUCAUUAGCGGUUCAACUGGUCAAAUUUUUGAAAAUCAGUAGAAAAACUUUAACCGAUGUAUUGCUCUUUGUUACUCCUAUUGAAUUUACUUGCUAUGUUUACCUACGAGGAUCCAAACCUGGCAAAAAUGUACAACUAACGGAAAAUGAAAUCAAGGGAUUAUGCAUAAAGUCACGCGAGAUCUUCCUUAGCCAACCUAUACUGCUCGAAUUGGAGGCCCCUCUAAAAAUUUGCGAUUCUACAUCAUGGAAUUGGCUUACUUUUUCAUUGUUGAAAAGGCGGUUGCGGUACCUGAUCAAAGAAAAACUGCAAAGUAGUCCAUUGACGAGUGACUGUUGUUUUCAUCCUACCCCUCUAUCUCGCUGUAAUGUGAUAGAUUGUUUGCCUUUGAAAAGUAACUACAAUUUUUGGCUUCUUGUUCCAAAACUGAAGCAAUAG